AUGCCCAGAACAAGUAUGUAUAGCACUUUCACAACAAGUGAAACAUUUCGAUGGGCUGAUCGAUACGAAAUAUAUUCCAUAUUAAUAAAUUCAGUAUUACAAGAGGUCCGCUCAAAAUCCAUGGUAAGACAUUACAGUAGAAAAAGAGAUAGCAAUGGGACCCAGAGCAGUAACAGCAAACAAAAUCACCAAGCCAUUUGGAAUAAAAACCAGAGCUUCCAGGACUGCCAACCAGAUAGACAGCACUCAGGUGGAGUUACUGGUUUAAAUAAAUGGUGCCUCGACCGAAAUGUGGCUACACAUCUCCACAGGGACUCAUCUGUUUCACACCUGGACGUUCAUUGUUCAACCAUAGCCUCCACUGAUGACUUGCAUGUGCGAAUGGACCACUGCAGGCCUAACAGUACCGUCAAAGCCUUUCAAAAUGCUACAGAUAAAUCUUGCAUGUACAGUGGUACCACGGGAUGUGAACGGGAUCCGUUCCGGAGCCCCGUUUGCAUCCUGAAUGGAACGUAA